AUGAAUAUAACCAUAUUUAUUGUGCUUUAUUUAGUACACCAAACAGUGUGUACCGAUAGUAGACCGUUGGUGACCACCAGUUCUGGUGUAGUACGGGGACAGACAUUGUAUUUAAAUAAUAAAAAGAUCGACCAAUACUUGAACAUACCAUUUGCCGAACCACCGGUCGGUAGAUUAAGGUUUGCUAAACCCGUACCAUUGAAAACACCGCAAAAUGAAAUUAUUAAUGGCAUAUAUCCGGGCAAUAGUUGUAUACAAGAUAUCAUAGGAAAUCAGAAACCUUUGACUGAAAGUGAGGACUGUCUUGUACUAAAUGUUUGGUCACCUAAUAUGAAUAGUACUAAUGAUACGACAUUAAAACCGGUAAUGUUUUGGAUAUAUGGGGGCGGAUUGAGUAUGGGAUCAAUAUUUCAAGAGACAUUUAACGGAACUGUUUUGGCCACAUAUGAUAUGGUAAUAGUUGCGGCCAACUAUCGUGUGGGUGCUCUCGGCUUUCUAUACGGUGCUGACGAUAGUGCACCGGGAAAUCUAGGAUUUUACGACCAAUUGUUGGCACUUCAAUGGCUCAGAGAUAAUGUGCAUGUGUUUGUCGGAGACAGAGAUCUGAUAACAAUAUUUGGUCAAAGCGCCGGUAGUACUUCAAUAGCAGCGCAUAUACUUUCGCCCUUAUCUAAUGGGCUCUUCAAGCGAGCUAUAAUGCAAAGCGGUUCCCUAUUGUUCAACAAAGACAGACCACUUUUGGAUACAACGGAUGCAUUGAAAAGGUUUAAACAAAUGGCCCGUCAAUUGGAUUGUGAUCCAUAUGACUAUCGCUGGUUGGACUGUCUCCGCGAUAUACCCGAUCCUAAACUGUUUUGUAAUAAACCACAUAAUUAUAGCGCACUUCCGUUCAAUUUUCCAGUAAUUGGUACCGAAUUUUUGCCUCAAUUACCACUAAAGUCAUUUAGCCUGGCUAGUUUAAAUAUUGAUAUUGAUCUAAUGGCCGGUACGACCACUGAUGAGGGACCGGGUCUGCUGUUAGGCUCAUACACUGAAUCCAAGAGUCAUAUGAAUAGACAAUUGUUUGAUAAAUUAUUGAAUGAAAUGGACAACGAUUUUCAUAAUUUAGAAAUUGAUAAAUUAUUGACACACUAUUUAAAUAAUGCUAAUAAUAGUAUAAAUGAUAGUAAUAAUUUACUAAAUGCACUUGGUACUCUAUAUGGUGAUCUACUUAUGGUUUGUCCGACCUAUUUGUUUACUAAAUUGUUAUCUAUGGUUCAAAAUUAUGGUAAAAAUGUCUAUUAUUAUCGCUUUGAUUAUAAAAGCGAUAAAAUGGAUAAUCCAUGGAAAAUAUUGGAAAAAUAUAUGGGUCUCAAUGGUAGUCUAAUACAUCAUAGUAGUGAUCUGGACUUUGUAUUUGGCACACCUAUUAUCAAACAACAAGAUUUUAGUGAACUGGACUAUGAUUUUAGUUUAGAAGUUAUGAAAAUGUGGACCGAUUUUGCUAAAUACGGUAAACCGAGUAAUGAUUGGCCAAAAUUCUUGGACACAACUGUUGGCGACGACAACCAAUUGGUGUCCAAAAUAAAAGUGUUGACACCGUAUGACUUAACACGUGUUGAGGAAAACCCGUUUUUAAGUACGUGUGACGGCGUUUGGAAACAAUAUUUUCUCUAA